GUGGCGUAAAGUUGGCGAACUAAGUGACCUGAUGUGUUUCCCUAUAAAAUCUGCAGGAGCAAUCAGGUUGAACGAAAUGGACUGCUCCAUGAUCGGUGUCCAGGAAGGAUUUCUAAGAGACAGGAUUUUUAUGUGCGUGACCCUAGAACGCAACUUCGUGACGGGUCGUACGCACCCCAAAAUGGUGCUGAUCCAGCCCAAGGUCGAGGGAAACAUUAUGACCUUGACGGCACCAGAAAUGAAGGACAUACAACUGGACGUUGCGGCCCUGCAGGGCCGAGACCGCAUCAAAACUUCAGUUUGGGGCCAACUUGUGGACAGUGUCGAUUGUGGGGAUGAAAUCGCCAGCUGGUUAUCAAGGUACAUCCUGGGUGAAGAAACAGGUUUAAGGCUGGUCUACUACCCAAAAGAAGUUUGCGAAAGGGAUGUUCGCGAAAAGAACAAAAUAUUCGAGACUGUCGAAGAAAAAGAUUGUGGGGCCCUCCACGAUGCGACAAGUUACAACCUAAUCAACCAAAGUUCGGUGGACGAUCUGAACACAAAAAUCCCCGACUACCCUCCAGUGACGCCCCAACAAUUCAGGCCCAACUUUGUGGUCAAGGGGGCCCCUGCUUUCGAAGAAGACUCCUGGCAAUGGAUGAGAAUCGGAGGGGCCACUUUUAGGAACGUAAAACCAUGUACCAGAUGCAUUUUUACUACUGUGGAUCCAAAAACUGGAUUAAAAAAUAAAGCUGUUGAACCUCUGAAGGAAUUAAAAAGAUAUCGUCUGUUCCCAAAAACAGGACGUGACCCUGUUCUGGGUAUUCAUUUGGGUUUACGAGGACAUGGUCGAGUGAAAUUGGGAGAUGCUGUCUAUGUCGAAGCAUAAUAAACAGAUAUUUGAAAACAAAAUGUUUAAAGAUUUAUUUUUAUAUUCAAGAAUACUUAUUUAAUAAGUAUCAAAUAUAUAUAUUUACUAAUGAGCAAAUA